AUUCUUUUUAGUUGUUUCCAGCAAAUUCCAGGAGCCCGUAUCUCGAGGUUUAACCAAGUCCAACGGUGGAGAGUGGAUUCACUGUUUGUUUGGUGAAAGCCAGUCAGCCAGAGAUUAAUGAGCGGUGACACGACUUGCCUGCUGUCCCGUGUUCGUAUACGUGUUCGUAUAUAUCUUGAGAGAAGCGACCUGAACGAGGAGCAACUCCACCACUGUACCAGCACAGCACCCGGCGCCUUUUUCUUCCGACCUUGUGAGCUCCGAAGACUCCGUGCACUGUUUGCUCCGGCGACAUCCCCAAGGAGUUCACCAUGAAGAACUCGCAAGAUGAAUCAGAAAAUGAUGAUCAAGAGCAACCAUUGGACAUGAAGCCUUUGCGGUCAUUAGCACCAAUGUUUCCAACUCCUCUGGGAUAUGAUGUGACAACCCAGUCGACUGAUCCAAUGCUAGUUUUUGUCACGCCGUUCAGGCCGCGCGCCUCACCAGAACAAUCUGCAGCAUCAUUUGGUCAGCCGUUACCAAAGUCACCAAUUCCUAUGAAGGCUACUCCAAUCUCAGCAGCAUUUCCCAUUCCGCGACAUGAAUAUGAAUCAUCGGAUGAAGACUACAAGCCCUUUUCUGACCAUAAAAAACCAGCAUCGACAUCACGGAAGACAACCAAGAGGACUCAGCAGGCUGGGUACUCUGAUGCAGCUAACAUCAAGCGCAGGUCAACAAAGAGAAGCCUCAACAUAGAACUCACCUCCUGUCCAUCCUCGUCAAGUGACCCAAAUGAAUCAGUUGAAGAAAUCAUGAUGAUGUUUGAUUCACUUCGGCGCCGUAUACUGCAACUCGAUGAAAAAGAGAACGCAGGCAGGAGGUCUGACUUGAAAGCUGGUACUCUCAUGAUGCGGAAUGGCCUGAGGAUCAAUAACCUGAAGACCAUAGGACCUGUACCUGGUGUUGAAAUUGGAGACAUUUUCUUCUUCAGGAUUGAAAUGUGCAUUGUAGGCUUACAUGCACCUGCAAUGGCUGGCAUUGAUUACAUUUCCGCUUAGCAUGUUGGAAACAAUGAUACUCUGGCUGUCAGCAUCAUCUCAUCUGGUGGUUAUGAGAAUGAUGACAAUGACAUGAACAUUUUGGUGUACACAGGCCAGGGAGGCAAUAGUCGGUACAAGGAGAAGCACGAUCAGAAGCUUGAAAGAGGUAACCUCGCUCUCAUGAACAGCAUGAAAAAGAAAAACCUGAUCAGGGUUGUGCGCAGUGAACAAGACCCUUUCUUAAACUCGGGCAAAAUUUACAUCUAUGAUGGACUUUAUCGGGUCGAAGAUUCCUGGAUGGACAAAGCAAAGAAUGGCUUUAGUGUGUUCAAGUAUAAGCUGAGAAGAGAGCCAGGACAGCCUGAUGGAAUUUCAGUUUGGAAGAUGACUGAGAAGUGGAAAGCAAAUCCUGCAACAAGAGACAAGGCUAUACUACUGGAUUUAUCAUCAAAAGUGGAGAACACACCUGUUUGCCUUGUCAAUGAUGUUGAUGAUGAGAAAGGGCCAAGAUACUUCAACUAUGUAACUGGAGUGGAGUAUUUGAGGCCACUUAGCAAGACAAAAGCAUUACAGAGCUGCAAGUGUCCUAGUGUGUGCUUGCCUGGUGAUCCUAAUUGUUCAUGUUCACAGCUGAACGGUGGUGAUCUUCCUUACACCUCCCCUGGAUUGCUUGUGAAGCAUAUUCCAAUGCUUUAUGAGUGCUCUUCCAGAUGCCAGUGUUCUCAGGAUUGUCGAAACAGGGUCACACAGAAGGGUGUUUAUCUGAACUUUGAGGUCUUUUGGACUGGGGAUUGUGGAUGGGGUGUCUGGUCUUGGGAUCCCAUUCGUGCUGGCACAUUCAUCUGUGAGUAUGCUGGUAAAAUCAUUGAUGAAACAAAUAUGAACAUGGAUGGAGAGGAAGAUGAAUAUGCCUUUUGCACAUCAUGGCCCAUUGAUAAGACUUUAAGAUGGAACCAAGGAGCAGAAUUACUUGAAGACGCAAGUGCUAAUGUCAGAACUGAGAGACUAAAGAAAUUACCUAUUGUCAUAAGUGCAAAAAGUUCAGGUAAUGUGGCUCGCUUUCUGAACCAUAGCUGUUCUCCAAAUCUCCUUUGGCAGCCUGUACAGUAUUGUCAGGACCCUGCAACUGGGUACCCACUCCUACUGUGCCAAGACUCGCGUAGUUAUCCGUAACUACGUCCUAAGGCGCUGAGCAACCGGACCCCUAGGGUCCGACUCCAUCUCACCGGACCAACAGUCCCGGACCCACUUCCCGCUCGGGAAGCGGGUCCGGUGUCACCACGUGUCCAAGAGGUGGAAAUACUCAGCACCUGUGACCGCUUACCCGGACACCCGCAGGUGGGUCCGGGACCUCCACGUGCCAUCCGGACUCCCGCAGAUGGGUCCGGGAUCUCCACGUGCCAUCCGGACUCCCGC